GUAGGUUCAUGGCUACUUCUUUGGUCUCCUCUCAAUUUGCUGGGGCUCUUGUGGAGCGCGGGUGGUCUGGAAGAAUUAGGUCGAAGAGAUUCUCGGGCAUUGUGGCCGCAUCGAGGCCUGGAGAUUUUGAGAGCGACGGCGAGCUCAUCACCAAGCGGCUCAAGGAUUUGUCGGAUAGCCUAUUGCUGCCUCGUGAUUUCCUGAAGUCCCUUCCUCGAGAUUUGCAAGUGGAUGUUAACGAUGCAGCGUUUGCACUAUCCAGAGGUCCUGUUCAUCAAGAGUGUGGAAGCCAAGUUGGAGAGCUUCUUCAGCGGCUUUCAAAGGCGUGGGAGCGAUCCGACACGGACUCGGUUGGAGAAAUUGGCAAGGCUUUCACGGGUUUGGAGGGAGCAAUCUCAAAGAGUGGCAAUGGACCUGCCUUUGGAAGGAGACUGAUCAGAGCUGGGAACUACUUCAAGUCCACAGGACAAUAUGCUCAGGGCGAAUUUCAAGAUAUAGCCAAAGCUCUCUUGGCUCUUGGAGAGGCAGUGGGAGGGCGAGAAGCUCCAGAGACUGACAUAUCCACCAUGCCCAGAGUUUUGAAGUUUGGAACCUUACAAGUAGCGAUCACGCCGGGCAAAGCGUUCACAGGAGCGGCCAUUGCCUUGGUUUUCGGGUUUUUAUCAUGGCAGCUUGCCGCGGCUGUCAAAAACAUUCCAGAGUCUUCCCUGAGCUACGCAAACGACAAUGCUCUAAUGGUUGCGGCUUCUUUGCGGGGAACUCUGCUUGCGAUGGCCUAUUCAUGUGCUGGUCUCAGUGCAUUCUCCACUGUCGGCUUACUCGUCCUUGGCUUCCAGGCCAAGAACAAAGAAUAGAGCUAUACUAUGAGCAAAGGAAGGAUCUCUACAAUUCAAUGUGACCUUUGAACAUCACUUGUCGUUGUAGUAUAGUGGUAAGUAUUUCCGCCUGUCACGCGGACGACCCGGGUUCGAUCCCCGGCAACGGCGACAUCUUUUUGCUAAAAUCAUACUAGUUCUUUUUUUU